CACUCCGCCAUUUUUAAACCCCCAGUGGUAGUAGUGGUAGGGAUUUAAACCUUACGAGUGUUGACCGUGAAGUACUGGAGAGCACCUAGGAAUUAAUGUACAAACACUGUGUGAAGAAUAAGUCAUAAUAUUGUGACUGCAACAAUUGAUAAAUAACAACCACUUUUGACAGUGGUCCAGGAGCUGCAGCAACCUCGUCUACAAGUUCCUCUCCACACUAAAUUUAGCCUCCAGUGAUCCAUAGCAACAUAAAAGCACUACGAACUUAUCCUGGACUAAAUAAUCUCAGCUGACUGAGACAGCAAACACGUGAGUGCCUGUGACGUAUAAAUGAUACAUGUCCGCUGAUAAGAUUACAACCCUUAACACUCAGCCAGCAACUUUGUGUUUCCUUUCUGCUCAUCCACGUCCCGUGAGCUUGUCAAGCGCUACUGCAGCUCAGUCAAGUACCUUGCAACUUGUCGACAUUCCCUCCUGUUUGCCCAUGUCUUCGUGAUAGUGUCGGAGCCUUGGAGAUUAUAGAGAAACGACAAAAUAGACAUUAAGGUGAGCAACAGCACCAGCGAGGAGGAGACCAUGACAAGGAGAUUGUGUUUAGUGGAUGAGUGAAAUAAAGAGGGUUGAGAGAGGCAGUAUUGUCCAGUGUUGGAAGAAGCAGUGAGUGUCGAUGGUAUCAGAGAGUUGGAACAAGUUCUGACAUCAAAGUGGGCAAUAUGUGAGGAAAGUACAUGUUGCUUAUAAGGUGCCUGAGUAUGAUGUUAUGGAGACUGUAAUGCCGUGGGUGGCAUCUUGGCCAGCAGGCUGGCACACGCUACUGCCUUUCACAACAACAUGAGCAUCUGUACAGCGUCAUGGCACCGACGACCAGCGCAGGGUCCAGGCGUACGCCCGCCUCCCCUCGCCAGGUGGCGUCGUCCGUGGCGUCGUCCGUGGUGGCGUCUGUGCAGUACGUGACGGCGUCAGUGAGGGUGCUGCUGGUGGGAUGCUUCCAGUGUAGUUCAAUCAAGCCUGCGUGCUGGAGGCGACAACGACAACAAGACGGAGCCUGGUUCGACUCUGACAAGCUGCAGGUGGAGCACCCGUACUGCUAUGUCAACCCAGUGGCUUUGUCUGAUGUUCUUCCUGAAACCACCUCCACACCCACCCAGCAGUCCCUCCCGCAAAACCAGCAACCCAAAUCUUUGCAGCACCCAAAGCUACUCCAGGAAUCCAAGCCGCUUGAGCAACUCAAGCCAUUACACCAGUCCAAGACCCUCCACGAUGCCAAAUCUACACAAAAUGGGUUGCCUCCCGGCGACAACCACGUCUCUCAGGGGCUCAACAUUAUUUAUACUCCCGAGUUUAAUACCAAAGUGUGUGACAAGCCACUGGUAAGUGCAGGGGAGAACCACGAGGGUACCACCAUCCACUACAACAAUGGUCGCGUCAAAAGUCCUCUUGUCGAGUCUUUUGCCGCUAAGCUCGAGGCUGACCUCAGGAAACUAGAGAGUGACCGUCAGAGAGCCGAGGGUGAAGUGCUGAGGCCGCUAACGGAAACAAUAAUUCAUGACGAUACUGAUUCAGUUUCUCAAUAUGUGUGGAAGGAGAGUGAAAGAAGCCUGGGCUUCCAGGACGAGGAGGAGCCGUACCGGCGGUACUACUGUGUAAACUUCGAGGAUGAUAGAGGUGUGGAGAGCGAGGUGUGGAAGCCUUCAGAACUGGAGGAAGUCUUCGAGUGCUACAACAUGGCUGCCUUCUACUCCUACGGCGCCACCCUGCAGAUAAGUGAAAAAUUCCCUUCGAAAAUCAGAGGAGAAAAAUACGAAGAGAUCUUCCCCACCUCCUUCCAUAAUAACAACAAUAAUAACACCAUUGUUAAAGUGUUUAAGUCAGCGAGUGAAAGUGGCCAAACACUCGCCCUGACUGACACUAACAGUGUUCUCAAAGAAAACCUUCCCGAGAACGAGAGUGUUCAGAGAAAACAAACACUGACUGAGGACCAACUCAAGGAACUAGUGUGCCGCUGUGUUGAGGCAGAGAGUGUCGGUGAUGUCAAUUUUUCUUUCCCCGGCGAGGGUACAAGUACUAACGUCAUGUGUUAUGAUAGUGUAUACUUUGGUGACAGGAGCUUUAAUAAGUUACUAAUUUUUGAUCUAGUCAAGUCUGUAAUGUCUGAAUGUAAAGAAUAUUAUCCGCACUCCCUGUCGUUGUGUGUCGACUACCCUGUUCACUUAGUACAAAAUAGAGUUCUGUGUAUCCUGCAGAAGGCAAAAGACGAUGCAAAUCUCAAUCCUACUGGAAUGCAAGUGUUCCGGAGUGGCUCACUGUGUGUGUCAGAGAGCAACUGGCAGCAUAAGCAGCUGCUGGCAGACACACUUGUAGAGAGCAUUGUGGAGUCAGAGGUGCACCUGCAAGACCCAGCCUGGCAAGACUUCAGUCAGGAAGAACUGGAACUGAAAGAGGCUAUAUCAAACGAACUAUUGAAUGAUCUCAUCAGUGAAAGUGCCACUUUAUUUAGUUCUAUCCUAAAGAAAAAGUUACUGCAGUAGGACUGUGUUCAAAAUACAUAUACAAAAGGGAGCAAGUGAGAAAUAUUGUGAAUGAUUAUAACCGUAAAGGCAGAUCAUAUGUACGUGUGUGUGUGAUAUAUAUAUAU